AUGGCUUCGCCGAACGACGAGCAGACUACGCUAGCAGAUCUUGUUCAUGUAGAGACGCAGCAGACAAAUGCCUUACUGCAGGCACUGGGGUCCUUGCUACAACAACAAGUUCUCGUUCCGCCACAACAACAACCGCCGCCUGCUACUGCUCCGCAUCCACCGCCACAGCAGCCAGUGCCAGCACACUCCGCUGGAGAGUCAGCGCCAUCGACGACGCCGCAGCCCAACGGUGCAGAGGUUCAUACAGCCUCUGCCCACCGCAGCGUCGUGGGCACCCAGCCACCGUCACUGUCGGGAUCGGACACAGGGGUUCCUAGCGACCGAGACUGUGUCGAGCCCCGCCCUCCAGUGGAUGUCGAAUCUCGGACCCGAAAGCAAAAAUCACACAAGCGACACAAGAAGAGGCGAUUGUCAGCUGAAGAACAGGACAGGGAUGUGAAUCCGGCGGAAGACAUCGACUUCGUUGACUCGUCCACAGUUGCAACGGACUCCAGUGGCAUCAUUCACCAGAAGGUGCCUGAAGACAUGGAACGCUCUCCUAAAUUUGGUGGCCCAGAAAACGAGAUGCAUUGCGUCGACUCCCAAAAUGUGGGCUCCUGUGAAAGCGACCAGCCCCCAAUGACAUCACAAUCGUCUCUUGGUGAUUGGACAGACGAUAUGGAGGCAGAUGAUGCACAGCAAACAUCGAUAUCUCCGCCAGAGCCCAUGGCUGACAUUGAGCCCGGUGGGCUCUGCCAGUCAGGAAAUCAUACGGCACAGUAA